GCUCAUGUACCUACGCUUAUCCUUAAUGCAAUUAUCAAUGGCCAUAGUUCAAUUCAAGGCACCUUCUUAAAACAACAACUUCUGUAUACCUCUCUCUUACUCUAUCUCUAUGUAUACUCUCUUGCAUGCAAAGGCCCUCUUCCCUCUCUUCAAACACUUUCUCCACAAUAACAAGAAGUCACUCUUUCACACCUAAGUGGCAUCCACUCCUACUUUGUUAUAAAAUGGCUCUGCUUAGAGUCCCAUUUAUUUGUUUGCUCUGUUGGGUUUUAGUUUUAUCAUUGCUGUGUUCCAUUACUAAAUGUGGUGGUUCUGACGUUCAUGUGAAGUUCUUGAAGGCCCCCCAUGCAUUCUCUCACUCUAAGUCAGCAUCAUUUGCUUUCCAAGUUAUUAACUCUGGUAGUGGGGACCCUUGCUCAAACUGCACCCUCAGUUGCAAGCUGGAUGAUGCGAUCACAUCAGUGUGCACAAAUGGAAAGGUUACAUACAAAAGCUUGGAGGAUGGAAAUCAUACUUUUGAAGUCUGCACCAGACAUCAAGGACUUGGCUGUGCCACCUAUAACUGGACUGUUGAUACUACUCCCCCAACAGCAGAUGUUACAGCCUCAGCAUCUUUUACAAGUUCUUUAAAUGUGUCUGUAAACAUAUCUUUCACAGAACCCUGUAUAGGUGGAGGUGGCUUUGGAUGCAAGUCGGUAAAUGCCUGCAAUCUUCUUGUCUAUGGUGCUGGCCAGGUCAUUCCAUCUUCCUUUAGAAUUAUACAGCCAAACCUCACGUAUUCUCUUCUUGUUAGUCUAUCGUCUACAGUUCAAUAUGGCCGGGCAAUCCUUGUAAUGGAUAGGAACUUCUGCACUGACCGUGCUGGCAACAGCUUUAUGAGAAUGCCAAAUUCAACUGUUUAUAUACAUUUUGACAGAAGAAAGGUUUAUGUCAACAUCAGGACUCAUGUACCAGAAGAGCUACUUCAACUUGACAGCGAAACUAGAACAGUACAGGCAACUAAUGACCAUGAUAGGCUAAAGAUAUAUUUGUACUUCUCAGCUCCAGUUCUGAAUUCUUCUACAGAAAUUUUGAAUUCUAUCAACAUUAGUCAGGGUUCACUUCUUCUAAAUAAUGCAAAAAGUCUUGGAAAUCGUAGAUUUGGAUUCACGAUUGCUAAUAUCUCCUCUACUGCUAUAAUAUCAGUUGACUUCAAUUCGGAGUCUAUAAUAUCCAGACAAGGGACUCAAGUUUCUCCAAUUGCACCAGUUACUUUCCUUUAUGAUAUUAAGAGGCCUGCUGUGAUGUUGAGUACAUAUAGCAUGAGGACGAGAGAGCACAAUCUCCAGAUAUUAGUUAAAUUUGUGAAGCCUGUUUUUGGCUUCAACUCCUCUUGCAUAUCAAUUUCUGGGGGUUUAUUAAAAAGUUUCCAUGAAAUAAGUCGGAGCACAUACAUGGUUGAGUUACAAGCAGAUGAUGAUCUAGUAUUUAUUAGUGUUCCUGAGAAUGUAACACGAGAUGUUGCUGGAAACAAAAAUCUAGCUUCCAAUUUUCUACAAGUGAGGCACUACUCUAUGCCUCUCAUUUCUUCUGUGGUCUCUGCAUUUGCAACUGCUUGUUUUGUGCUGACAUCUAUUGUUGCGGGCUUUCUUACUAUCUCAACUGCAAACCUACAAUCUGUUGGUACAUUUACAAGAUCAUCAUCUUUCUUGGUCUUGGAUCCGGCAAGGAAUCUUCUUAGAAUUUUGAGCCAUAUUCAGGUGUUUGCACUAUCUAGAUGGUUAACAGUUAAAUUGCCAGUCGAGUUUUACGAAUUUGCCAGACAUUUACAAUGGACCGUACCCUAUUUUCCUGUUCCAUGGGAAGCUGAACCUAUGAACCUGUUUAUGGUAGGCUCUAAUCCUUUUGGGAGCUCUAACUUCAUCACCAAAGCCCCAGCAACAAUCCCAAAGAAGUUCUUGGACAAGAGUUUGAAUUUGGCCGCUUCAGUGUAUGGAUCACCACUUACUUCUUCCGAGUACCUGCAAUACUUUGAGAGCGGAAAUAUGAAACCAGAAGCUGAAUAUCUUUUGGAUUCACAACAUUCCGCUGGAUGGACAGAAUUUUAUAGAAGCAUGUUUUGGUUAGCUGUGAUCUGUGGUGGUUUAAUGGUUCUGCAUGCUUUUCUCCUCAUUGUCCUGAAAUUUGGGAAGAGAAAUUCUGAGAAGGAUAAAAUACAUGGAGCACUCACAUUCCCUAGAUUUGAAAUGUUUCUUAUAUUUCUUGCACUACCUAAUGUUUGCAAGUCCUCUGGUGUGCUUCUUCAAGGGGGGUCUCCUUCUGGAUUGGCAGUUGGAAUUCUACUGUUGGUUUUUGUGGGCACUGUUCUUCUAGCUUUGUUCAUGUUCCUCUCUAUUGGAAUCACAUUUGGAAAACUACUUCAAUAUAAGGAAGUUCAUCAAGAAGGUGAGACAUUUCACUGGUACCAAGAGCUUGUGAGAGUAACUCUGGGGCCAGGUAAAAGAGGCCAGUGGACAUGGAAAGAACAACCUAAAUCUGUUAAUCUAACCAUCUUUGGACCACUGUUUGAAGACUUAAGAGGCCCUCCUAAGUACAUGCUUUCACAGAUAGCUGGUGGCAGCGGCAAUCCUCCGAGUCAAAGAGACUGCAUCAUUGCCUCUGAUGAUGAAACAGAAGAUGCAGAAGCACCUUUCAUUCAAAAGUUGUUUGGCAUUCUUAGGAUAUACUACGUGUUCCUUGAAUCCAUAAGACGUGUCUCAUUGGGAAUUUUGGCAGGUCUCUUUGUUCUGACUCAGCCAUCUAAGAGUCCGGUGAUUAUCGUGCUGUCCAUGACCUCUUUUCAGCUAUUCUUCAUGCUGCUAAAGAAGCCUUUUAUAAAGAAAAGGGUUCAGUUAGUGGAGAUUAUCUCACUCGCCUGUGAAGUUACUUUAUUUGCUACUUGUUUAGUCCUCUUGAAGAAGGACAUUUCUGUGAGUGCUGAGACUAAGUAUGGAAUUUUUAUGCUUGUGCUGUUCCUAAUAGGGUAUUGUGCACAGAUCACUAAUGAAUGGUAUGCUUUAUAUAUCCAAGCAAAGAUGCUGGACCCUGAGGAAAAAUCACUCUUGACAGGUUUGAAAAAUGCCUCCAUUGGGUUUCUUUUGUAUUUUGUCCCUCAAAAGUGCAUCAAAGAUUUGGAAAAGAGGUUACCACAAAAUGACAAUGUGAAUGAAGAGCCUAGAGACACUGCUUCGGGCGCUGACAGAUCCAGGCGCUCGAGUAGCAGGAGCUCAGGUACACCUGAUGGAGCAUGGUUGAAACAACUAAGGGGAUUUGCAAAGUCUAGCUUCGGUAGGGAAAGAAGUGGAACUAGAAAUGAUCCUUCUACUAGUGGCACUACUGGAUGGAGUGGGUUAUGGGGAAACAAAAGGAGUGGGAGCUCAUCUUCUGAGUUCAAGUCAAAAUCAAGUUCAUUGUACAAAGAUUUGGAAGCCAUUUUUGCUUCCAAGUGAAAUUAAGUCAUACAGAAAAUAGUUAGAUUUGUAUGUAAUUUAAAACAAUUUGCAGCUUACUGUAAUAAUUGUACGCGGAUUUGCCAUCCAUUCCAAUUAACUUGUUUGUCGUGUCUAGAUGAUCUACCAUUCUUUCUAUUGUAUUUGCAUAUUAUGAAGUUUGCUAUGCUACAUGCACGCACACGCCAAAA